UCCGCGAAAUUCGAGAUUUAGAGAGAGAGAGAGAGAGAGAGAGAGAGAGAGAGAGAGAGAGAUGAAGAGGAAGAGCGGGAAGCGAACCGGUGGCCGCGCCGGCGGCGGCGGGAGGUGGAGCGCCGCCGAGGCGAAGGGGACAGCGGCGGCGGAGAGCUGGGAGGCCCAGCUAGGGCAGGUGUCCCUCCUCUCUCUCCACCCCGACCACCAUCGCCGCCAACCUCCUUCCGCUGCCAAUCCCAAGCCCUCUCUCCUCCCGAGCCUCCUCGAGCCCGAUCCCUCGCUCCACUCCGCCUCGGCUCACGACGGCGAGGCCGGCGCCGGCGCCGGCGCCGAUUGCAUCCUCAGCCAGGAUUUCUUCUGUACUCCGGAUUAUAUCACCCCGGACAAUCAAAAUUUAGUGAACGGCUUGGAUUAUAACAAGGACAAUUGCCCUAAAUCACCGGAGAAACUUAAUUCGACUAAGACCAAAAGGUUUCGGCAAGAUCAAGUUACCGUGAAUCCUCAAAGUCCCAUUUUUUCUGGAAGUCAGCAAAUAGAGGAUCUUACAGAGGAUACUUUGGAAACUGAAGAAGCUAUAAUUGAGAAAAAAGUAUCAAAUGGCAAGCAGCAGAUACACAGUUAUGUCCCACAGUCUGCCAUUGCUUUACGCUGUAGGGUCAUGCCCCCUCCUUGCAUUAGAAACCCAUAUCUCAAUGAUGCAUCAGAGACUGACAUAGAUCCUUUCGGAAAUCAAAGGUCCAAAUGUGCUGGCUUAUUCUCUUCUAUUACCGGAGGAGAUGGUCUCUCACGGUACCACACCGAUUUCCAUGAAAUUGAGCAAGUUGGAGCUGGUAACUUCAGCCGUGUUUUGAAAGUUUUAAAGAGAAUAGACGGUUGCUUGUAUGCUGUGAAGCAAAGCAUCAGGCCAUUGUAUCAAGAUUGGGAAAGGAGAAAAGCUUUGAUGGAAGUACAAUCUUUGGCAGCUUUAGGCUCUCACGAGAACAUUGUUGGAUAUUACUCUUCGUGGUUCGAAAAUGAGCAUCUUUACAUUCAGAUGGAGCUCUGUGAUUACAGCUUAUCUAGUCAGAAGUAUAAACGUUUAACCGAAUGUGACGCCUUGACAGCUCUAUAUCAGCUUGCGAAAGCAUUGCUUUUUAUGCAUGACAGAGGAAUUGCCCACCUUGAUGUUAAGCCGGAUAAUAUUUAUGUCAAGAAUGGUGUGUACAAGCUUGGUGACCUUGGUUGUGCGACUCUCCUUAAUAACAGCCUACCCGUUGAGGAGGGCGAUGCACGGUAUAUGCCUCAGGAGAUCCUGAAUGACAAUUUUGAUCAUCUUGAUAAGGUUGAUAUAUUUUCCUUGGGAGCUUCUAUAUAUGAGCUUAUAAGAGGGUCGCCUUUGCCGGAAUCUGGGCCUCAGUUUCUGAAUCUUAGAGAGGGAAAGCUGCCCCUUCUCCCUGGCCAUUCACUGCAUUUCCAGAACUUGCUGAAGGUCAUGAUGGAUCCAGAUCCAACCACCCGGCCUUCUGCAAAAGAACUGGUGGCUAAUCCAAUUUUGGACAGGAUUCGGAGGAAUGGAAAGAUUUAAGCCAUGACAGUAAUCGGAUUUCAACCACGAACAUAAAUAAUUAAUUGCAGGCACUGAAUGUAUCAGUGACCAUUCGGGGUGAAGUUGAAUACGAAGGUAUUAGGAAAAUCGAGUGCCAAUUUUGCUUUUUAUUCUUUGGCUGGUAUGUGCACCAAUUUUUGUGCUGCAAUGGUGCUGGAUCGGUAAAUGGGAACGGCACUAGCAAAUGGUGUUGUAGGCCCGACCCCAAGCUAAGAUAUGCCGUGUAAUUGAAAAGCCAUGUUCAUCCCAGAGUCCGAUUAUCCUUUGCUAUCUGCCAUGAAGAAUCUGUGGGUGCUUGCUGUUCCUAAUGUUGAUAUAAUUCAUUCCAAUUGUACAGACAUCAGCUUUAAGCUUUGAACCAGUUAUUUGAUCUGUGGGAAGUCACCUAUUUCAUCUUUCUUGCAGCA